AUGUGUACGGGAGCGUGUUCCAAGGUGAUAGCAGUGCCUCUCUACAUCCUGGCGUUGGUGUCGGUCAUCUGCAACAUCAUGCUCUUCUUCCCUGACUUUGACACAAAAUUUGCAGCUGAAGAGCGGGAUGGACAAAAACGCAUUACCGAGGAGGUUAAAUACAUGGGGGGAUUGAUAGGAGGCGGAAUCAUGGCUUUUAUUCCUGCCAUCCACAUUCACUUGACCAGUUCUGGAAAAUGCUGUGCUAACCGCUGUGGGAUGUUCCUGUCUAUAGGUUUUGCCGCAUUAGGCGUGGCGGGAGGCGUGUACAGUCUAAGCGUGGCCGCCCUUGGCCUCGCCAACGGUCCAUUGUGCUACUGGAGUAAUCUCCAAAACCCCUUUCCCAAAUGGGGCGUUCCCUUCGCAAACAGUACUGGAAGCUACCUGAGCGACAAGAACAUGUGGAAAUGGUGUCUGAUCCCUGAGAACGUGGUUGAAUUCAACUUGGGACUCUUCUCCACUUUGUUAGUGGCGGCGUGUCUUCAACUUAUCCUCUGUCUCAUCCAAAUGAUCAACGGACUCUUCGGAUGCAUCUGCGGCACCUGUGCUGGGAAGGAGUGAGUCAAAAGAACCACCUUUGAAGACCACCUGGAUCAACACAUGUCCAAUUCAUUAUUAUUAUUAAUUAUUUCUGCAUUCUUAUUAUGUCUGUUCACGCAUA